AUGCGCGUCACCGAGGUAUUAGCAUAUGCUCUGCUGCAGGCGUCGAUAGCCUUUUCUACACCCCUUGAUGCGCGGGAUGUGAAAGUCGUCGCGUCCAAACGUCCAAGUCAUCCAGCACACCCUUACCACCCGAAAAAGACAUGCCCAGAGUCGCCUCCGCGGUCAAAGACAUGUGAAGUCCGAGCUCUGGGCAAUGGCAAAGAUGAUUCCAAGAACAUCCUCAAGGCUAUCAAGAAGUGCAACAAUGGUGGCCAUGUGGUUUUCCCUAAGAACCAGCAUUUCACCAUUGGAACUGCCUUGGACCUCACCUUCCUCAACAAUAUUGAUCUUGAUAUCCAGGGAACUAUUCAGUUCACCAACGACACGGAUUACUGGCAAGCCAAUUCGUUCAAGCAGAUUUACCAAAAUGCCACUACUUUCUUCCAGCUCGGCGGCCAAGACAUCAAUGUCUACGGAGGAGGCACACUAGACGGUAACGGCCAAGCCUGGUACGAUCUAUACGCCAAGGAUAUCUACAUCCUGCGACCCAUUCUUUUCGGUCUCAUCGGCGCGGAGAAUACCAAGAUCUCGGAUCUGAACUUUCGAUACAGCCCCCAAUGGUACACAUUCGUUGCCAAUUCCAGCAACGUUGUGUUUUCCAACAUCGACAUCUUCGGAGACAGCACGAGCAAGAACCCUGCUAAGAACACCGAUGGCUGGGACACAUAUCGCUCAGACAGUGUUGUCAUUCAGAACUCACACAUUAACAACGGCGAUGACUGCGUUUCUUUCAAGCCGAACAGCACCAACAUCAUUGUACAAAACCUGAUCUGUAACGGUAGUCACGGCAUCAGUGUCGGUAGUUUGGGCCAGUACCCCGGCGAGAUCGACCUCGUUGAGAACAUCUAUGUCUACAACAUCAGCAUGUCCGAUGCUUCAGAUGGUGCACGUAUUAAGGUUUGGCCCGGCGCUUCCUCCGCUCUCUCCGGCGAUCUCCAGGGCGGAGGUGGCGGCGGUGCAGUCAGAAACAUUACCUAUGACGGCAUGGUUAUCAAGAAUGUGGACUAUGCCGUUGAAAUCACCCAGUGCUACGGGCAGAAGAACCUCACUCUUUGCAAUCAGUUCCCUUCGAACCUAACCAUCUCCGACGUCACUAUCAAGAACUUCAAGGGUACUACCAGCAAGAAGUACGACCCGCUCGUUGGCUAUGUUGUGUGCUCUAGUCCGUCUGUGUGCUCAAACAUUAACAUUCAGAAUGUGAAUGUCACGAGCCCAAGUGGCACGAAUCAGUUCACUUGCUCGAAUGUUGGGGGCAUUGAGAAGCAGGUCAACUGCACGGGUGCUGGUGGAAAAGGCGGGCACUCAUAG